GUAGCCUAUGUUACUAGACGAGCCACUACUGAAAGUUAUAACUGAACAAAACUAGCAACACAUUUUUCGCUUAACAAAACUGGAGCUAACUUGCUAAUUACACAAAUAUGCCAAAGCAACAAAAGUGGUUUAAACUUUAACUUAAGUAAUACUUACGAACAUAUCACGACUUUGCUUCGAGAUUUGACCAAUUAGCAACCUUUUCACGAUGAAUUGUAAAGAUUAUUGCAUAUGUUCCUUCAAAAUUCUAUUACAUACGUUUAAAAAAAUGUAAACAUACUGAACUUCAAAGUGAAUAGCAGCAACAUUCGCUAAUUUGUGAACUAGAAAUCUCAGGCUUGCUGUUCCCAGCUGAUUUGACAGUGACGAAAGGAAGAGGACGCAACGUAUUGAAAAGAAAAGGCUCUAUGUGAUGACGACAGCACUGCACAUAUGUGUUCCUUGGUGGUGUCUAUUCUUUUCUGGAUAUUUGUGUUUUUGACUUUACAGUACAGUAAAUAGUUUAUGCUUAGCCAACACCAUGUUUGCAAAGCACAACACAGUUUUAGAGUAAGACAAUACAUUACGAAUGUGCUCGGGAUGCCCGUAACCUGUUUAACGCGUCAGGAAAUUCUUGUCUACUUUUGAUGACGCCUUGUAGUCAUCAGUUUCCCAACGCCUGCCCCGCCAUCCUCCCAGAGUACUUCGCAAGCUUGCCUGAUAACACUGCAAUCUAUUGUUUGACUGUGGAGCAUGCUCUGGAUUGACAGGAUGACAUGUAGCUAGUUAGCUGGGAUUGCUGUACAGCGGUUAUUAAUUAUUUCUGAAAGGGUGGUGUGUAUCCAGAGAGCUUUCGGAGGUGUCCUCCUCUUGUGGUGUGGGAAUGGGGAGCGCCUUGCUCCGUGCGCUGGCUGAGGAGAGACUCAAAUAACACCCAUGAGCGGGGAGAAGACCGACUCCAACAACGGCCCUGAUGAAGACGAAAAGGAGAGUGUCUCAGGGCCAGGGCCAGGGUCAGCGGAGGGCACUGAGCCCCUGUACCCGUGUGACAGGCAGGACUGCACGGAUUCCCCCCGGGGCUCACCUGAAGAAGGCAGCACCGUCUCGCCUAUUCUGGCUGAGGAGACCUUCCGCUACAUGACCUUCUUCAACCUGGACCCCUCCUCCUCUUCCUCCCCCUCUUCCUCUUCCCAUCCCAACUCCCACAGACUCUCUCGAGUCCUCAGUGCUGACAGGGUGGAGCAGAUGACAGUGACCUACAGUGACUUGGAGAUGCUGACACACCUGCUGACAGAGAGGGACCAGGUCUUGGAGCUGGCUGCCCGGAUUGGUCAGUCGCUGCUGCAGAGGAAUCACCUGCUGCAGGAGCGCAACCAAGCGGUGGAGGAGCAGCUAACUCAGGCACUGGACCAGGUGCAGCAGCUGCAGCAUGUGUUGUGUAAGAAGGACGAGCUGCUGCGCAUGGUGGCCAGUGUGUCGGAGGAGAGCGAGACGGACUCCAGCUGCUCCACUCCGCUGCAGCACAGCGCUCCACUGCCCGCAGCGCUCGCGUCCGGCCAGCUGGGGGCGCUGCAGAGCAAGCUGCAGCUGCUGGAGGAGGAGAACCUGGCCCUGCGCUCUGAGGCGUGUCACCUGGAGAUGGAGACGAUCUCGUACGAGGAAAAGGAGCAGCAGCUGGUGAACGACUGCGUUAAAGAGCUGCGUGAAUCGAACAGCCAGAUCGUGGCACUGACGGACGAGCUGUCGAAGAAGAACGACGACUUACUGCGUCACCAGGAGGACAUGACACAACUGCUGAUUCAGAUGGUGGAUCUCCAGCACCGACUGAAGGAGCUGGCUCUGGAGAAGGAGGAUUUGAGGAUUCACCUGCAGCAUUCCAAAGAUGCUCAGCGGCAGCUAACUGCAGAGCUGGACGAGCUGCACAGCAGGAACGUGGAGUGCAUGGGGAUGCUGCAGGAGUCGCAGGAGGAGGCCAAGGAGCUGCGCAACCGCAGCACCACCUCCGCAGGUCUGCGCAGACACCAGUCCUUCGGCCUCAUCCCCAUGGACUGUCUGGCUGCUGAGAUUGAGGGUUCUAUGCGGAGACAGUUGAGCAUGGAGGGGGAGUUUUCCUUCCAGGACCAGAAGGAUUCACAGAAGCGCGUGUUCCAGACCGUACGCGCCGUCAACGAGUCGGUGCAGCACCUGGCCCCCCGACCCCUCCCAGGCUCCGCCCACAGCAGCGUAGUGAUGACUGCGCAGCCCUUCCAGUCCUGCGUCCCGGCUGCACAGCUGCGCAGAGGGGAGGAAGCCACGCCCACUACCAGCAAUUGCACAACAAACCUCGGACAGCCUGGCACUCCGGGAGGAAGUGACCUCACCUCUGCGCUGCACCGCCUCUCCCUGAGGCGACAGAACUUCCUGUGCGAGCGGCAGUUCUUCCAGGAGGAGCGGGACAGGAAGCUGCAGGCACUGGUGCGAGCUGGGCAGGAAGGGGAGGGGCCAGAGGAAGACUGGGAGGGGACUGGCUGCAGCUCCCCCAAUGGCAGCUCGGUCUCCUGCAUCACCAGCCUAUCAGACCUCUCCUCAGCCUCCAGCUUUAAGGGAUUCCUUCCCGAGAAACUGCAGAUCGUCAAGCCCAUGGAAGGCUCCUUCACGCUGCACCACUGGCAGCAGCUCGCUCAGCCCCACCUGGCCGCCAUCUUGGACCCUCACCCGGGCGUGCUCACCAAAGGGUUCCGUCCCCUCUCGGAGGACACCGAGCACUGCCUCGCCGACCCGGAGGAGGACGACGAGGAGGCGCGGAAGAGGAAGAGUGGCCGGGAGAAACAGAUAGAGGAGGAGGAAGAGGAGGAGGAGGAGAUGGGGAUUACCUUCCAGGUGCAGUGCGCCUCCACCCCGGAGGACAAGAGGGAGAGGAGGAGCGAGAAAACACCUGUCUGCUCACCUUUGAGUGUACGACCUCUGUGCCAACCCUCUCUGGCCCCUCCCAUCUCUCCCUCCUCACCCCCUGCACCCCAGCACUCUAACAGUCACAUCCUCAGCACACCAGCGCCCCCUCCUGCUCACAAUCCUGGGAAGUGUCUGAGCUCCACCUUCUCCACCUUCACCUUCACCACCUGCCGAAUCCUACACCCGUCUGACACCACCCAGGUCACGCCCAGUUCUGGGUGUGUCUCCUCGGUCUCAGUGAACACCCCCAGCUCCCUGCGCUCUGUCUCCAGCACCCCAGUCACACCGUCCCGGCUCAACCUGGGGCACUCGGCCCCCCUGCAGGGCCUGACCCAGCUGCUGCUGGAGAGGGGCAUCUCAGCCCAGGGGGUCUCCACUGAGAGGGCCCCCCGAAAGCCCAAACCUCGCAUGCUCCCCAGCACCCCGCCCAACUCCCCGUCCCACUCCCCUCCUCCCUCGCCCGUCGCCUGGGAGACGCGCCCGGGCCCUCCCCCCACCGCCGAGAACUUCCUGGCCUCCCGCCCCGCCGAUCUCCUCCUCCAGGAGGUCUACGGGCUCAAACUCCGCCCGGACACGCCUCUCUCGCGGGACCGGGUGUCCGUCGGCCUGGUGGAGCGGCUCCGAGCGCUGGGACUGGCCGGGACGCUGCGUGGGGCGGGGUCGGGCGGGGCGCGGCCCCAGGACACGCCCACGUUCCUGGCGACGGGCAGCGGAAGCCUGCUGAACGGCCUGCGGAGGAACCAGAGCCUGCCCUGCAUGGUGGGGCGGAGCCAGCCCCCUCACGCUGCCCUUGCCCUUCCCAUAACCCCCUGGGGCAGCCUGAAGGAGCCCGCUCUUGCCCCUUCCUCCUCUUCCUCCUCCUCCGCUGUGCCCGUCCCACCCUCUCCACACUGAGGGGUCAGGCUGCUGACUGGGGGUGGGGCUUCCAGUUGACUGACACAACACUGCCCCCCACCCCCAAUCUCCGAAAGGGAAAAAUAAAUCCCUCUUUUCUCUUUGUUUUAAAGCACAAUUGUCAAACUGAUCGCUUUUUUGUACUGUUUUUGUAAUGUGUUUUUAAAGCUGUGGGUCUGGGUAGAAGUUGUGUUUUUACUGUUGGGGAGUUUGGGGUAAGACAUCACCAGCAUUUAGGAAGGCGGGGCUGCGUUUAAACGGAAGAGAGUGGAUGAAGGUGUGUGAAGGAUAGAGGGAUGAGCAUGAGUGCAGCGAAGGGAGAGAGAGAAAUCUGCAAAGAAGAGGAGAGCUGAAGGUAUCUGCAGGCUACUUUAAAGAGGAAACGGAGAGAAAGUAAUAUUAGGUUGUUUGAAGUAAAGAGAGAGAUGGAUGUAUCCGCAGGGUUUUCCCUCUUUGGAGCGGAGGGAGGUAUGCUGAAUGGGUGCGAAGAGCCAGAACUGUGUCAUUUCCGUAGUUACUGCCCAGGUAUGAUUUUUCUGAUUGAAGCCACCAGGGGGUGCUGCUGAACCAGGGGAAGACUUUUCUGAGUCAUUAGCGUGUUCUCCACAGGAAUGAGCUCCGUGAGUAGGGCUGUGCUCCAGUUACCCCUUCAGCCCUCAAACCCAAGGGCUCUCCAUCCUGUGCCAUGACAUCACGCUUCUGUCUAUUUAAUUUGUACAAUUCAGUUUUUAGAUGUCACCAUUGUUCAGACCUAUUAUUUUUGUCUGCAACUAAUGAGUAGUUUAAUAUUUAUGAGAUUUUAUUAUCAAUUAUUAUGACACGUAAUAUAGAUUUACAAAUAGAGCAUGAAUGUUUCUUGUGAACUUUUUUUUUAUUAAUAUGGCUUGAAAUUUUGAAAUCUGUACACAUUUGUUUUCAAUAGCAGAGAAAUCCAAUCCAAAUUCUUGAAAAUCUAAGGGUAUCGAAACUUGAGAGAUUGUAAAUGGGAAAUUGAGCACAAACAAGUUUGUCUGGUAUUGCGCAUACCCAGAAGGAGAACACCUGUAAUAGUGAUCAACCCUCACGUGUCUACAUGUACCUGUCUGAACCCAGGUCGUGUGACUGUGGUGCUCAUCACCCGGGAAACAAAUGUGAUUUUUUGCCAGCUCCUGGAUGACUGGGCAGUCAGAAACAGGUUUAAGCAAAGAUGGAAAAGUACCAGCAUGUGACCAGUGUGGGGAGGCCUGGUUCAUCCCAGAUAAGGUUUGCCCGAAUUAUCAAGGGUGGAAGAUAAGCACAGAGACGGUUAACUCUGUGUGGGUUUACGUGCACAAAUACAAUUGUGCAGUUCCUCUGUGUUUUGGUGCCUGCUCUCUCCUCACCAAAAGUACCAAUGAAUGUCAUGUUUUUAAUUAAAACAUUUUUUUUUACUUUCA